UGCUGGAGGGACCCUUCGGUGACUGCAGUCUCCCGGCCGGGCCGGCUGCCGCGGGAUCGGGAGCCGCCUUCGAGUCUCCUGCACCGGGGCUGCGGCGCGCGCUGGCUCCCUGCUCGGCCCUCGGCCCUGGCGCUGCACGGGCAGACCUGUGAGCUCCCGGGGUUCCCGGACGCCGGGCCCAGCUCUUCGGUAAGGGCUCUAGGUGAGGCCCAAUUCUCCCCAAGAGGACCAUGUCAUUGGAGUUUGGCAGUGUAGCACUGCAGACAGAAAAUGAAGAAGAGUUUGACAAAGAAGACUAUGAAAGGGAAAAAGAGUUGCAGCAGCUACUCACAGGCCUUCCUCACGACAUGCUGGAUGAUGACCUCUCCUCUCCUGAGCGCCUUGACUCUGACUGCAGUACGGACGGCAUAGCGGGAGAAUUUCAUCCUUCUGAGCAACUGGACAGGAAGUGGAUUGAGCGUGACAUACUGCCCAAAUCUCACAGUGGGAAUUGUGGCAAUGGCUGGGAAGAAAAUCCAAGUAGAACUGAAGAGCAGCAUCUCGGGUACCAACCUGGAGAAGGCGGGGAUGAGGGCGGAAGUGGCUACAGCCCUCCAAGCAAACGUGAGCAGACAGAGCUGUACCACCUCCCUGAAGACUUUAGGCCGUACACCGGUGGUCAGAAGCAAGAAUUUCACAAGCAGGCAGCCGGUGUCAUUACGUUUUCGGAUCCUCAGAGGGACAGUUGUCAGCAAUUUGGCUCAUUACAAAGACCCAACUGUCAAGCUCUGGCGCCAUAUAAAGCUAUAUAUAAACCUUACCACUCUUCUGUGCAGAGCAGUAACUCACCAGCCCAGGAGGUAGUAGGAAGUGACAUGUUUGAAGGCCUGCAGCAGCAAUUUUUAGGAGCUAAUGAAAACUCUGCAGAAAAUAUACAUAUUAUUCAACUCCAGGUUCUUAACAAAGCAAGGGAGAGGCAACUGGACAGCUUAGUUGCCAAGCUGAACGAAAGUGAACGCCAGAUUCGGUAUCUGAACCACCAGCUGUUAAUAGUACAAGAUGAAAAGGAUGGUUUGACACUCAGCCUUCUGGAAUCCCAGAAACUUUUUCAGAAUGGAAAGGAAAGGGAGAUCCAGCUUGAAGCACAGAUAAAAACACUGGAGACCCAGAUACAAGCGUUCAAAGUCAGUGAAGAGAAGCUGACCAAGAAGGCCAGAACAACCGAGAUCACCCUGGAAAGUUUGAAACAGCAACUGGUAGAGCUCCAUCAUUCCGAGUCACUUCAGCGAGCCAGAGAGCAGCAUGAGAGCAUUGUCUCGGGCCUCACGCAGAAGUACGAAGAGCAGGUGUUAUCCUUACAAAAGAAUUUGGAUGCUACCGUAACAGCCCUUCAGGAACAGGAAAAUGUUUGUGCACGUUUGAGGGAUCACGUGCAGCAGCUGGAGAGGAACCACGAAGCAGUCAAGUUAGAGAAGACUGAGCUCAUCAACAGGCUGACGAGGAGCCUUGAGGACAGCCAGAAGCAGUGCGCCCACCUGCUGCAGUCAGGCUCCAUGCAGGAGGUGGCUCAGCUACAACUACAGUUGCAGCAAGCGCAGAAGGCCCACAUCCUAAGUGAGAGCAUGAAUAAGGCUCUGCAGGAGGAAUUAACAGCACUUAAGGAAGAGAUUUCUCUCUAUGACUCUGCUGCAGAGCUCGGAGUCCUUCCAGGUGACUCGGAAGGAGACUCGAGUAUAGAGCUCACUGAGUCAUGUGUGCACUUGGGCAUUAAAAAAGCCAAUUGGAAACAAUCCAAAGCUAACAGCAAUGCACAGCAAGAAGCCCCACAUGAAGAGCUUUCAAAGGAUGAGGUUAUCCUGAAGUUGAAAACACAAGUUCAGCGCUUGCUGAGUAGCAACUCUAUGAAGCGGCAUCUGGUGUCUCAGCUACAGAGAGACCUCAAAGAGUGCCGUGGAACAGCGGAAGCUCCCCAGCAGUCGAAGGAUGGUGACAAAGGCAUGGAGACUAAAACAGAUACCUCUGACAAAACACCUAAUCAGUUAUGGCUUGAUUCUUCUGAGGCAAUUGUCAGAGAAGAUAUUCUACGACUGAAAAAUGAAGUUCAAGUUUUACGACAGCAGAAUCAGGAAUUUAGAGAAGCGGAAGAAAAACUGAAGAGUGCAAACCAGGACUUGUGUAGUCAGAUGAGACAGAUGGUGCAAGACUUCGACCGAGACAAGCAGGAAGCGGUGAAUAGGUGUGAGAGGACUUACCAGCAGCAUCACGAAGCCAUGAAGGCCCAGAUCCGAGAGAGUCUUCUAGCGAAACACACUGCGGAGAAGCAGCAACUCUUCGAAGUCUACGAGGGGACCCAGUCACAGCUCAGGUCUGACCUUGAUAAGAAGAACAAGGAGAUGGCCGCCGUGCAGGAGUGUUACCUGGCAGUGUGCAGAGAGAAGGGUGAGCUAGAGUCCGCUCUCAGGAAGACCGUGGAAAAGGCUCAGGAGCAGAAGAAACAGCUUUUGGAAGACAGAGAAGAAUGUGUAGGCAAACUGAAGCUAGAACUCGAAGAGAAGUACCGCGAAACUCUAAAGACGGAAAAACAGAACUGGCUGAAAGAACAAGAGCAGGCCGAGAAAGAGAGCAGACAAAAACUCAUUCAGCAGCUGGAAAAGGAGUGGUGGUCCAAAGUGAAUCACAGUGUAAAGGCUUUGAGGAAGGCAACGUCAGACCAUGGCAGCCAGACCGACCAGGUGGCUGCCGUCUCUAAGGCAGAGGCAGCGGUCCCGGCUGACGGGCAGGCUUGCCAAGGCCAGCAGGAGAAGGAGCUCGCUGUCAAGGAGGCUCUGAGGAAGCUGGAGGUUGAGUUGGAGCUCAAGCACUGUGAGAGUAUCGCACAACAGGUGGAAACAGCUGUGCAGAAUGCCCGCAGUCGCUGGCUACAGGAGCUGCCCACGCUUGCAGAGUUCAAGGCCCUGCUGAGAGCCCAGCAGCAGGAGUGGGCGGAGCAGCAGGAGCUGGUCGUGGCCCAGAGGCUGUCACUUGCAAUCUCUGAAGCUAAAGAGAAAUGGAAAAGUGAGCUUGAAAAUACGAAGUCAAGUGUAAUGCCUGUCAAGGAACUAGAAGAGAAAAUUCACUCUCUCCAAAAGGAACUGGAGUUAAAGGAUGAGGAAGUCCCUGUGAUAGUCAGAGCUGAGUUGGCUAAGGCCCGAACUGAAUGGAACAAAGAAAAACAAGAAGAAAUCCACAAGAUUCAAGAACAAAACGAGGAAGAUUAUCGGCAGUUUUUAGACGAUCAUCGAAAUAAAAUCAACGAGGUCCUGGUGGCAGCUAAAGAGGACUUUGUGAAGCAGAAAACCGAACUACUUCUUCAGAAGGAGACAGAAGUCCAGGCACAUCUGGAGAAGAGUCGCAGAGAGUGGACUCUGCAAGAGGCCGAGCGGACGCAACUGGAAGUUCAUCAGUAUGAGGAAGACAUCCUCACUGUGCUUGACUUCCUCCUGAGGGACACCCUGUUGGAAUGUGUUGGUGAUUCACAGGACAAGCAGCUUUCGGAAGUCAUGUCAGUUUGUUCUUCAAAAUGGAUAUCUGUGCAGUAUUUUGAGAAAGUAAAAGCCUGCAUAAAAAAAGCUUUUCAAAAUAUGCUGUCCUUGCUUACAAACACUAUCGCCUCAGAGUUGGAAAAGAGAAAUGUGAUCAAGACCUCUGCAGAUGCUGUCAUCUGGAACACUGGCCAAGGAGAUCCUGGGGUCCCAGCAUCCCUUCCUGUCUCCACCUCUGGACACUGUGCGCAGUCCUCGGCCUUGCCAGAAGCUGAUAAAAAGAUCUUUGAGUUUAAAGAUUUAUGCUGUGGACACUGCUUCCAAGAGCGUGAAAAGGAAAAGCAGGAGUGUCAAGUUCUGAAAAGGAAGCUGGAGAAGUACCAUAGGCACUUUCAGCGUUUAGAGAGGAUGCACAAAGCCACAGUGGAGAAACUUGGAGAAGAGAACAACAGGGUCGUUGAAGAGUUGAUAGAAGAAAACAAUGACAUGAAGAAUAAGUUGGAAGCAUUGAAGGCCCUUUGCAGAACACCACCGCGGUCACUGUCUGCAGGAGCCAUUGAGAGUGCUUGGUUGCCAUGCAGUGUGCAGGCCUUGGAAGAGCUUCGUGGGCAGUACAUUAAAGCUGUGAAAAAAAUCAAACGUGACAUGCUUCGAUACAUUCAGGAGAGCAAGGAAAGAGCUGCAGAAAUGGUAAAGGCAGAAGUGUUUCGGGAACGGCAGGAAACUGCCCGGAAGAUGCGGAAGUAUUACCUGACUUGCCUUCAGCAGAUCCUGCAGGAUAAUGGAAAGGAAGAGGGAGCUGAGAAAAAGAUUAUGAAUGCUGCUAGCAAACUGGCCACAAUGGCAGAGUUGCUGGGAACGAUUGCAGAGCCAGACUGUAGAGUCGGGUGUGCCCAGGCAGGCCGCUCAGUAGCAUUUCCCUUGACUUCAGAGUUGCUGAUGGGCAUUGAAAGAUCAGAAAGGAGCGAUGUGAAUCACAAGGUUCCACAUUCCGUUGAAAGCAAACCAGAGAGUGGGAAAACUAUCCCCAGAAGUGGGUGUGAGCCAGUUCCUAGGAGGAGGUCUGCGUCUAAUUCACAGCGGCGGUCAGAGGACUCAGAACACAGCGACACAAAGCCCACGACUUCCACAGCUUCGUCUUCAGAAUGUCAGUCAGUGGUUGGGGGUUGCAGGCCCCCAAACAUCUUGGCAAAGAAUGCUGCUCCCGAGUUUGUCCCAUGCAGGGGUGAAGGAGGCUUUGGUUUACAUGAGAAGAAAGAUACACUUGGUGGAGCUGCCUCUGAGUCACCUCUUUAUUCAGCCACCUACCCCUUCCUUGGAACUGCUGAAAAGAAAUCCUCACCUAGAUCCAUCUCAGAGUCCACACACACACCCCUGAGAGGCCCCAGUGAAACACCAAGACUAAACGCGUUUGUCUGUGGUUCUCUAACAGAGACAGAGAGUGCCGCCUGUGAGAAGAGUCGGGGUGUAGGCACGCGGGACACCCCAGUGAAGGACGGAAGGGACCCAGGCAGCUCUCCAGGCUGGCCUUCUGACAGCACGUUCCCCUGUGGCAGUCCUGCUGUGCUGUUUCUCAGUGAUAGGUCACCAAGGACUCUGGACCUGCUAGGGGACUCUGCUCAGUCGAAACAGUUCUCAGCAGCCAGUUGUCUUCCAGAUGGCCCGCAAAGCAAUAUGGUUCGUCAGAGCACUUCCACUCCAGAUCUGCCCAAAGAAACCCUGCAUUCCCAGCAAGGGAAGGUGGGGGCUCCGCUGGGACACCCGUCUCCACAGAGCACUGGUGUGUUAAAGCCAGAUAUCAGAAAACGGAGCAGCACAGGGCCAUCUCCAGUGUGUCAGAAGCCUUUGAUAACGUUCACUGCUCCCCUGACUAGCCAACGAGAUAGUGGCUUUGACAGCCCCUUUGUCAGUCUAGAAUAAUCAUGUGCCGUAUGUCAGAAGAUUCUUUCUAUCUAGACAAGAAAAGGGACAGGAAUCUUUUAUGCUGAGAAACCAUUGCGGCCUGCCUGCCAGCCUUCGUGUGUUUGAUACUCUCGUACCUGAGUGAAGUUAUGUGGGCUAUUUACAGUGCCUUCAUGCUGGAGGCCUGAGCCAUGUGCUGUGUGCCCUGCUUCCCUGUGGUGCUUUAGGCGGUUGCUCAGCUUUCUAUUUUUAUAUUUAUAUGCCAACUCAUUUUGCAGUGUUAAAAUAUUUAAUAAAAU